AUGUAUUCGAUAAAGCUCCUUCUCGUUGUAUUGAUUCCAUCAUUAAACGCCUUUGUAGAUUUGCACAGAACGACGCAGCUCCUCAGAGGCCCGGACAUACAUCAUGGUCUUUCUCAUCUCUCUGUAUCUCACGCAGCAAGUCCUGCACGCUGCGAGAGUGGAUGGACAUUAUUUGACAAAACCGAGGCCUGCUAUAAGGUCUUCGUCGGGGAGACGUUUGAAGGUGCGGAAAAUACGUGUAAUGUUGUUGGGGGACAUUUGGCACCAAUCCACAACUUUGAAGAAAACAGAUUCGUAGCCGAGUUGGCAAAAAUGGAUAAACAAGUGCCAGCCACAAAUGGGAAUGAUUUUACUUGGAUAGGACUACAAGAUAUGACAAACAGCAAGAAUUGGACGUGGACUGACGGCACAAAAGUUGAUUUCGAAUUCUGGGGUCCAAACAGUCCGAAACGCGGAUUGGGAAACUGUGUGCACGUAUGGUAUGGUAUUUUCAUAUGCAAGGAGGUUGAAUGGCUAGCAACGAUUCUUUCUAAAACUGAAGAGUUUCCUCUGUCCAAAAACGGGAUUAAUGGUUUGAACAUGCCAUUUCUGAUGUUUUAUUUUUGAUUUUGGAGUAGCUUUGUCAAAAGUGGAUGGAGUGACAAUGUGCAAUAACGUUUUGAAAAGAAGUCUUCCUUUUUGUAAAGCUGCU